AUGGAAGUUUCAAGAAUCGAGAAUACUUCUCAUCGAGAGCCCAAUCUUCGAUAUCAAGGCAAUUGGAAUCAAAAUGCGCGACCACCACGAAAUCAACCUCCAAGAUAUAACAAUUAUUAUCAACGUGAUGAUAAUUUGUAUAAUCAAAGACAAAACUAUUACCAGCGAGACAAUAGCAACUACAAUAGAAUACCCCCUCAAGAUCAAAGACCAAACAACUAUACUGGAAAUUAUGGAAGAAACUACAAUACAUAUCAGCAACGUGAUGGACCUCAGGACAAUUAUCAACAUCCUCCCCCACGGAAUUACAAUUAUGAUCAAGAACCAUAUCGGAAUUAUAAUCAAAGACCACCCCAGGCUCAAGGUUACAAUUACAACCAGCAACCUGCACCACAGCAAGAUAAUCGUCCUCGGCAACCUUACCAAAAUGCAAAUCGUGAAAAUAACCAAGUCGUAAACAAUCAAGCUCCAAGAGCAAGACCACCUGCAGCACGGAAUGUUGAGGUCGAAGUCGAAGACUCACAAACUUAUGAAGAACCAGCAAUACGAGCAAUCACGAGACAACAAUACAAGUAUCAACAACCAGAUAAUUUGGAAGAACAAGAUCACGAUGAUGAACUGGAAAUUAUCCCAGAAACCGAAUGGAAGAAAAGCAAGAAAAUACUUAAAGCAAUUCAAGCUGAAUUGCAAGCACAAGAUCCAGAAACAAUCAAAGAACAUGACAAACAAUCAAACAAUCAAGAAACAAGAAGUUUUACCCAAGAGGAGUUGGCACCUGUUCAGCAGAAAGAAAAGUUUCAUGUGGAAGAGCAAGUUGAAGCAAGGUUGAAGCAAAACCUGGUGGAAGAUGAACAGCCUGAUCAGAUUGAGCAACCAGCAGAAGAAGACAAAGACCUGCAGUGGAUAAAGGAGUUUCAGACGCAGGAACUUGAGGUGGUGCUUCCGAAGUUUUGUGAGUAG